CUGGAAACAGCCGGGGGCGAGCCUUUAUCAUCGCACAAAAAUCCAGCGGGUGGGGUGGAUGCUGGCGGGCAGAGGAAACGCUGCGGAGGAAACGCCAGGCGGCUGAGGCAGCGUUAGCGCAGCCCUGCGGAGGUGCGGGCGGCUGUUCGGAGUGCCGGGAACAUGAAGGAUUUCCAGGAUGCGCUCCCGUCAUAACGGAGCGUUGCUCAAGGCUCCGUAGCUGGGAAGAGCUCGGAUGAAAUCCUGCUCCGACAAGUUCUGGAGCGGCUGAAGUAAACACCGCUCCCUUCCCCUGCUGCUCCUGGCACGGCAUCUCCCGGGGCCGCCUUUCCCGCAGGAAUUUCCCUCCUGGGAGCCGCGCAGGGGUCGAGCAGAGAGCCGAGAGAGCCGAGAACCGAGUGAGAUCCGAGCCCCCUGCCCCGCGCCCGGCACCAGGCAAGUUCUCCGGGCGCUGUUUGCUCCGAGCUGCCCGCGGGAUUUGGGUCACGACAGCUGAAUUUGGCAGGUUCUGCUUUGGCCCUCUCGGGGUGCUGCGUUCAGAGCAGGGGGAAGCUCGGGGGGUGAAUUUCCCCUGGCAGCCCCAGAAGGCGGCGGCUCUUCGGGAGGGUUCGGGGGCGGCCGGGGUGAGGUCCUGCCCCAGCCGGGCCUCUCCGACCCGGCCAGGUGGGCAAAGGGCACCUGGGAGGGAAAUGGGGCAGCAAAGAGCCCGGUUUGUUUUCCUUUCUGCAUCGGUGCCCCUUGGAUUCAGGCAGGAAUGAGUUACAGCCUAACUUUGAUGGGGAAAUUACAGAGGUUUUUAAACAAACAGUCCCAUCCCCACCUCCUCCUGUUCCCAAACUUUGAAGAGCUUUUUCCUGUCCCUGAAAUGAGGGCACUUGUCUGGGGGUGAGGCACAGAGCAGCACUCGAGCUGGACCUGAACCAGGUUUUCUUCAGGACUUGUCUGAGCAAGAGCAGAGGUAACCAGGACGCGGCGUUUGGCCUCGCCAUGGCCACGGUGGUGCCGGGGAAGCUGAGCCAGCUCCUGCUCAGCGUGAGGCGGCUGCCGGGGCCGCUGUGCCCGGGCACGGUGAGCAGCGCCGAGGUGCCCGCCGUGUUCUGGAAGCCCUACAUCCACCGCGGCUACCGGCCCGUGCGCCAGACCUGGCGCUAUUACUUCUCCACGCUGUUCCAGCAGCACAACGAGGCCGUGAACGUGUGGUCGCACCUGGCGGCCGCGCUGGCGCUGCUGCUGCGCCUGCUGCGCCUCUGGCAGCGCGUGGACUUCGGGCAGGACGCGCACGCCCGGCCCCUGCUCAUCAUCCUGGCCGCCGCCAUCACCUACCUGACCUUCAGCAGCCUGGCGCACCUGCUGCAGGCCAAGUCCGAGUUCUGGCACUACGGCUUCUUCUUCAUGGACUACGUGGGGGUGGCCGUGUACCAGUACGGCAGCGCCCUGGGCCACUUCUACUACGCCAUCGAGCCGGGCUGGCACCGCCGCGUGCGCGGCUUCUUCCUGCCGCUGGCGGCGGCGCUGGCCUGGCUGUCCUGCGCCGGCUCCUGCUACGCCAAGUUCCGCUUCCACACGCGCUGCGCGCUGCCCGGGCGCCUGUGCCAGGAGCUGCCCUCGGGGCUGGCCUACCUGCUGGACAUCAGCCCCGUGCUGCACCGCCUGGCCACGGCCGCGCGCCCCGACCCCGCCCUGCUCUACCACAAGUGCCAGGUGCUCUUCUUCCUCCUGGCCGCCUUCUUCUUCUCCCACCCCUACCCCGAGAAGUGGUUCCCGGGCCGGUGCCACUUCGUGGGGCAGAGCCACCAGAUCUUCCACGUGUUCCUGGUGCUGUGCACGCUGGCGCAGAUCGAGGCCGUGGUGCUGGACUACGAGUCCAGGAGGGAGAUCUACUCCUCCCUGCAGCGGGGCCUGGCUCACGACUUCUCUGCCCUGUUCCUGCUCACCGUCGCCUGCUCCGUCCUCACAGCCGCCUACAUGGCCCACAGGGUGAGGCACAAGCUGGGCCUCAAGGAGGAGUAAAGGGAAAAUGAGCUCAGCCCAAACCCAGCCCCCAGCCCCCAGAUGCUGCUUCAGGAACUGUUAUUCAGCAAGUGCUUUCUGUAAGGAUGAGAGAUGCUUUAAUGCCUUUUUAAUCCAGCCUAAGUUCCAGCUUGCUCGCAGAAUGGCACAGGGUUCAGUAAAGCCCUGAAUAAACAGUUGGAACAAA